AGAUUUUUUUUGUGUUAUCAAAAUUUAAAGUUAACAUGUAUGUCGACUUAUUUGGCGGGUGCAGUGGAAACCAACAAUUCAAUGAAGAAUUGAAUCAAUUGGAAGAAAUUGUGAACCAUGACUCUCCCAGACAAGUAGCACAACAAUUUACGAGUUUAUUACUCAGUAACAGUCCAUCACAUGCCAGUGCUGUAUCACCGGAAAAACGCAAAAAUAUUAAUAAAAAACUAACAGAAAUAUUUAGGCAGGAGCCUAGAAGCUGCCGAAUGGCGCAGAAGCUAUGUAGUCUAUUCGAACAAAAUGACAGACGAGCUUCAGGGCAAGGUGAAGAAACAGAUACACUAUAUUCUACUUUAGAACACAUUUACAUGCAUGAGACGCCAAAUAAUCGUUUUCAAAAUCAAAUGCAGCGCUUUCUAGGAUCGAAUGAGGGACCAGAAUUGAAUGACAUGCAAAUCGCUCAAAAUUUGUGUCGCAUACUUCAUGCUCAUAUAAAAUUUGCUAAUGAUUUUGGUAUGCAUUUAAGUCGAAUGCAUCAAGCCGCCAAUUCGACCGAUAGAGACCAACAUAAUUCAGAAGAUGAUGAUCAAUUUUUGGGACCAAUGGACACUCUAGGGACAAAUUGUGAAGGAAAUGCGACAAUUGAACCGCCCAGUGCUGGAAAAUAUAAAUUUAAUAUAGCGAAAAACGAUUGGAUUGAGCCAAAGCAAGUAAAAAAGAUUGUUCGUUAUACAAAAAGCAAACAACCAAAUAUAAAUCGAAAUAGUAAAAAAUUUCAGAAAGUAAAUAGUGGAAAAUAUGGUACCGAAAUUACUAAAAUAAACAACAAAGUUCUUGCAAAGGUUAAUCCAAACACCAUGCCUAAAAGAUUUGGUGGUAAUCUAAAACAAGUACAAAAAAUGACACCAACAUUCACAAAACAGAGUUGUCGCAGUAAGGGCCGGAAAGCUGCUUCAUGUAACAGCGAUCAGGAUAAUGUAAGCAUUGACUGUGUAACUAAGAAUAUGCAGGUGAAUACACAAUUGAGAAACUAUAGAAUGAACUUGCGAGAUGCUAGGUUGAAGACGGCAAUAGAUGCGUCUGUGACAGCUAGUAUUAAAGUGAUGUUUCCUAAAAUCGAUAAAAAAAUUCUCGCCAGACCUAUUAGAAAAAAAUUAAUAAAAAAAAUUAAAGAAAAGCCUAUUCGUUCAAGUAAGCUUUUUGAUGGUGUUACGAUGAUAUGUCCUGAAAAUCAUGAAAUACGUAAAACGGUCGUUAAGUCUAUUAAAGACAGUCUUAAAAGGAAAAGCAAGUGGUGGUUAGCUCCUUGCUAAUCGCUUAGGUUCUAUAUACAUAUGAACACAACUCCACGAACUCAACAAAACAUCACCAAACACAUCAAAAAACGGAGUAAGGAUAGAGAAACUUAAUGCUUAGAACAACGACAGUGAAGUAAAUAUCUUUAUUUUGUAAAGCUAAUAACAUAAUAUUGACAAGAAUUUCGAAGAAACGAAGUUGAGUCUCUAAAUCUGACAUUUACUUAUAAAAUCUGGUAGAAAAGUAAUUUUGAGAAGUACAAUGCCCAAUAAUUUAACGUAAAUUAUGUCCUUGCCGAGUGUUUGCUUAUAUACUGAAAACCUGAAGAUCCUAUUAAACCGAAAGCGAUGCGAUUAAUAAAUCUAGUUGGUUGAAGGACCUGCCCUUAUAACAAAAUGUGCUUUAUACGUUCACUCCAUCUUAUAACUAAUGGAGAGCUCUUUAGCCCCAGUUUUGGACUGUGGAUGAGAAUACUUUAAAAGCGGAUUGUUUCAAUUACUUUGAUAAAUGUUAUGUUUGUUUCACACUAAACAUAAACCAAAAUUUUAAAUUAUUUUUU